AUCUUUCAUUUAUGUCCUACAAAGUGCACGGGUAUCGUGCGUAAUUGUAUUUGGUCUUGUCCUUAAAUUUCUUCGAAGUCCCUACUACACUCAUCAAGAUGGGUAGGGAGGACAAGGCUACUUGGAAGACUAAUUACUUCACCAAAAUUAUCCAACUCUUAGACGAGUAUCCAAAAUGCUUCCUAGUGGGUGCAGACAAUGUUGGUUCAACACAGAUGCAGCAGAUUCGUAUCUCACUGCGUGGUCACAGCAUUGUGCUUAUGGGAAAAAAUACCAUGAUGCGUAAGGCCAUCAAAGAUCACUUGGAGACCAACCCUGCAUUGGAGAAAUUGCUCCCUCACAUCAAGGGCAAUGUUGGCUUUGUAUUCACCCGAGGGGACUUGGUGGAAGUCCGUGAUAAGCUGCUGGAGAACAAAGUGCGAGCUCCUGCCCGUCCUGGUGCCAUUGCACCCUUGUCUGUGGUUAUUCCAGCACACAACACUGGGCUUGGUCCUGAGAAGACCUCUUUCUUCCAGGCACUUUCCAUCCCUACCAAGAUCUCAAAGGGUACCAUUGAAAUCAUCAACGAUGUGCACAUCUUAAAGCCAGGCGACAAGGUGGGCGCCUCAGAAGCCACCCUGCUCAACAUGCUUAACAUCUCUCCAUUCUCAUAUGGUCUCGUGGUCAAACAGGUGAGAAUAAUAUUUCUUCAAAAAAUAAUUGUAUAAUUAAGAUUAAGGUCUAAGCACACAUGAUGCUGUGCCAUGCUUCAUCAGGAGUAUAAAAAUUAUUUGUUUGAUACAUGUGACAUCAUAUUAUAAACUUCAGAGCUGCAAUGGGUGGUGGUUGUCACUUACCAUCAGGUGAGCCGCAUGCUUGUUUGCUCCCUCUUCUAUCAACAAAAAUCAUAGUAUGCAAGCAACCUGGGUUCUAUCUCUGUCAGCACCAAUGAAAUUGUAACCACAUGCCUACCAUGUGCACUGCAGUGCAAAAAAUCGUGAAGAAACCUGCAUAUUUGUGAAAUAGAAAUAUUUGGGUGAUGUGUGAUGUCUGGUGGAUGGAUACACACUGGAGCAGUGUGGAGGACAAGUUGCUCCAUAACCCUCUAAAACUUCCUCUUAUUUUUGCAGCAGUGGAACAUCUUUUGACAUCUCUUUUUUUUUAUAACUGGCUUUACGGCUCUGGGUUCUAAGCCCUUCUAAGAUUAUUAUCACUUGAUACUGAGAGGCUCACUCUCAGUAUCAAGUGAUAAUAUAAUAUUUAUUUAGUACUAACCUAACCAUUUUAAACAUAGGUUCUGAACCUACUUUCAUAAACAAACGCUGUCGCACUAUAAUCGACCUCACACUUGCAACAGAAGGAGCAGCCAAACUAAUUACGGGAUGGCAUGUGUCGAGAGAGGCCUCAUGCUCAGACCAUAGAUGGAUCUGCUUCGCACUACAGGUCGAUAUCCCCUCUACACCACCAUGGAGAAAUCCCCGCAAGACAGAUAAAACUAAAUACCUAAAUAGGCUGACGUCUUUGCUAGCGGAUUUUGAGGGGAUAAAUACUAUAGCAGAUCAGUCGCUCCUAGAAGAACAGGUAGCAGCUGUUACUAAGGCCAUGAUAGACAGCUACCAUGAAUCAUGUCCAGAAAUCACUCCACCAAGACAUGCCGAGGUAAAACAACCGUGGUGGGGUAAAGAACUCGAUAGAAAACGUAAGAAGGUAAGAAAAGCUCUAAAUAGGGCCAUGAAUACCUCAAUGGAUGAAGACUGGCUAUUAUAUAAGAAAGCUAAGUCUGAAUACAAAAAAUGUAUCAGGUAUCGACGCUCGAUUGGGUGGCGUAAAUUCUGUGGCAACAUAGAAACCUGCAAACAAGCAAAUAGGAUUAGGAAUAUUCUAGCUAAACAGAACACGUCGGGAUCCAUGUCUCUAAAGAAACCCGACGGUAGCUACUCAACAUCGCCGGAUGAAGCCCAACGCAUCCUAAUUGAAACGCACUUCCCAGGUUGCUGCGUAACCCAGGAGGCAAACCGGCAUGACGACAUACUGACAUCAACAGCAGAAGACUGGAAUUUAGCACAGAGAGUGGUAACGAUGGACAAAAUCCAUUGGGCCAUUCACAGUUUCCUCCCCUAUAAGGCGGCAGGACCCGACGGCAUAUUCCCGGCACUCCUACAGUGGGGGGGUAAAGCCCUAAUAGUCAGACUUGCUGCCAUAAUGCGAGCCUGUCUUGCUCUUAAAUAUGUUCCUAGGGGAUGGAGGGAAGUGAAAGUUACAUUCAUACCCAAACCAGGUAAGAGCGACUACACUGACCCUAAAUCCUACAGGCCCAUUAGCCUCACAUCCUUUCUCCUAAAGACGAUGGAGAGGAUGUGUGAAAGGGAAUUAAGGGGGUCGGCGCUAAUGAACUUACCACUACACGACAAGCAACACGCCUACAGUCUAGGCAAAUCAACAGAAUCGGCCCUUCAUAAGGUAAUUACAAAGAUUGAAGAGGCCAUCCAAAACAAAGAAAUAUGUCUAGGUUCCUUCAUAGAUAUAGAAGGUGCUUUUGACCGAACGAACUUCUCCAGCAUAAAAGGUGCACUCGGUAGACACAAAGUUGAACCGGCACUGAUCGACUGGAUAGUUUACAUGCUCAGUACACGAAUAAUAAAGAUUGCUGGUGAAUCUCAACCAAUCCAAAUUAAGAAAGGCUGCCCGCAGGGUGGGGUUCUCUCACCUCUCCUGUGGAAUAUGGUCAUUAAUGAACUCAUCAGCAAAUUAAAUGACAAUCACUUCUAUACAGUAGGUUAUGCUGAUGACCUGACAAUACUGGUCUCUGGAAAGACAGCAAGCAUAGUGUGCGACCUGACCCAAGCGGCUCUCCGUAUAGUGGAGAGAUGGUGCAGGGAACACGACUUAACUGUCAAUCCAAAUAAAACGGUUUUAGUUAUGUUCACUCAAAAACGAAAGCUGAAUAACUAUCAUCCUCCAAGUCUUUUUAGCACAAAACUCCAGCUAUCCUCUGAGGUAAAAUAUUUAGGUCUUACCUUGGACAGCAAACUUAACUGGAAUAAACACAUAGAAAACAAAAUCAACAAAGCUAGUAUAACUUUCUGGCAAUGCAGAAACAUGAUUGGCAAAAGAUGGGGAUUGACGCCAAAAAUCAUACUGUGGCUUUACAAAACUGUAAUUCGGCCCAUGAUCACAUACGGCGCUCUGGUAUGGUGGACCAAGACAAAUGAAGCCACCAUAAUUAAAAAGCUUCAGCGCUACCAGAGACUGGCAUGUAUGGCUGCUACAGGCUGCAUGAGAACUACGCCAACAGCAGCCUUAGAAGCGAUGCUGGAGCUAACUCCGCUUCAUCUACAUAUACAACAAGAAGCGACUUUAGCUGCCAUCAGACUCAAGACCCUAAAUCUUUGGAGUAAGAAUAGUGUCCCUCAUACAGGCAUAAUUGAUAGAAUUCACUCAAAAAUUCCUAUCCUACAAGCCAAAUACGAUAGGAUUCCUAAACAAUUUGUUUUCGAUAAGAAAUACAAGAUACAGUUAAAUGAAAACAGCCAGCCGGAAGGAUUAAGCCCAAAAGAGCUUAAAAUUUUCACCGAUGGUUCUAAAACAAAUGAAGGUGUAGGUUGUGGAGCUUUCUCUGAAGACCUCAAUAUUCACAUAUGCACACCGCUGGGUACCUAUAACACGGUCUUUCAGGCGGAAUGUAUGGGUAUCAUUCAAGCGGCCAUAGCAAUAGAUGCUAGGAAGGUUAAUGACUUCCCCAUCAGAAUACUGACCGACAGUAGGGCGGUACUCCAAGCCCUGAGAUGCAAUGUGGUGAACUCGGGACUAAUAUAUGAAUGCCAUCAACGAUUAAAUGAGGUAUGUAAAAACAACAAUGUGACCCUGCAAUGGAUAAAGGGACACAGUGGAUCCAGAGGCAACGAUGCAGCAGACGAACUUGCCAGAAGAGGAUCGGCUUUGGCCACUAUAGGGCCGGAACCAAUCAUACCAAUCCCCUUUGGUAACGUUUGUUCACUGGUACGUAGACACUUUACUAAUCAACACGCUCAGCUUUGGAAAAAUCUAGUAGACUGUAGACAAGCUAGGGAUGCCCUGCCUGAAAUUAACAGUCGCUUAACAAAAGUUUUAAUGAGACUGAACAAGCCGCAGAUUAGGAUAGUAACAAGUGCUAUCACAGGACACGGCACCUUUAACAAACAUUUAUUUACUAUAGGUGUUACAGAUAGUCCCCUGUGCAGGGCAUGUAUGGGGGAGGAAGAAACGGCGGCCCACGUGCUACUGAAAUGUCCGGAGGUCGCUACAUACAGGGCUAAACAUCUCGGCACGCCGGGAUCACUCCCCGAAGUUGCAUGCAACAUCAAGGGCCUGUUGAGCUUCUUCGGAGAGAUCUCAUGGCUCGAAUAAUCACAUUAUUCCUGCCCACACGCAAAAUACGCGCAUAGACGUGGAGUUGCGGAAAACAGCCCGUCGUAAACUAAACUAAACUAAACUAAAUCAAGUGAUAAUAAUCUUAUAGAGUACUGUUUCACAAUAUGUCGAUGCGACACAUUGCGCAGCCCUUGGGAUUAUUUGACGCCAACUUGAGCCAGCAGACAGUUGGUGAUAGUAUUUAAAGGUGUCUAAGCAGAUAGACACCUAUCUUGAGUCACAUCGCCAUUGGAGCACUUGUUUCACAUGCCUAGACAUUUAAUACACAAAAUCGCACCACUUACAUAUCAAAAUCCACUUGAAACCAUUAUUUAAACAAUGAUACAGAAGCAGCAAUCCGCCGCCGGCCAAGUUCGUGCCACAACUCCUUUGACAUAACUCUUCUGUACAGUGUCCACAGAGUAAUGUGAGAACCGUAAUAAAGCCUUGAUGCUGCAAUGAUGUUCAUUGAUAAACUUGAGAUGAGAGUAAGGGUAGUUAGUCUCUUGUGUGAAAUACAAUAGGUUUUCAGUUUUUGUAUUUAUUUCUGUUACUUGAUUAGAAACUUGUACAAAGCACUACUAGUGAAUUUUGUGUAAACUAUCCAAAGUGUUGAGUACAGUCUGCAUCAAAUAAUGCAUUCUGAUAAUUUAUCUUUGGUAUAAUAUGUGCUCUGUGAUUUUGUUGUAUAAUUUCUACAGUGGAGUAGAAAUUUGAUUCACAAGCAGACAUUUUCUGUUGGUUGUAUAUUAGUUAAUUAAUAGUAAACUGGAAGUUAAACAAUUAAAACUGUCAAUUAUUUAGUAAUUUGUUGAAAAACUAAAACAUUCAAACUGUCAAUUACAGGUUUACGAUUCCGGUACCAUCUUUGCCCCUGCCAUCCUUGAUAUCAAGCCAGAGGACCUUCGUGCCAAGUUCAUGGAGGGUGUUGCCAACGUCGCCGCUCUCUCCUUGGCCAUUGGCUACCCAACUGUUGCCUCUGCUCCUCACUCUGUUGCAAAUGGUUUCAAGAACCUGCUUGCUAUUGCUGCCGUCACAGAGGUUGAAUUCAAGGAGGCCACUACCAUCAAAGAGUUCAUUAAGGACCCGAGCAAAUUUGCGGCUGUGGCUGCCGCAGUUGCCCCGGCUGCUGCCGCUCCGGCUGCAGAGAAGAAACAGGAAGAGAAGAAGCCCGAGAAGGAGGAAUCUGAGAGCGACGACGACAUGGGCUUCGGUCUCUUUGACUAAACAGUUGUCUGUGGCACGCUCGCACCCACUGUGUAGGCUCGUCUACGCCGCCGGGUUGGACACCCAUAUGGCGGCUUACGGUUUAUACAUAGCGGUUGCAUGUGAAUAAAAGCUACUUUGACCGU